AUGAUGAACAAACCGUUUGCAAUUAUUAAAAUUAUUAUAAAUUAAUUAUUAUUUUAUUGAAAUAGCCUUCAGUGAAUGUAUGCACAUAUAAUAUGUACAUAAGCACAACAACGAACAAGUUUUUGCUCAAAUAAAAUAUUUUCAUGAAAGAAAUUGUGAUAAAUUAGUUUUCUUACUCAAUACAAAAAAAAAACCAACAAAAACCAAAAAUAAAUAAAUAAACAAAUGCAAAAUCACUCGAAUAGUGUCAAUAUGUCAGCGCAACAUAAAAACCAAACCAACAGCAAUCACACUAUGUCCAACAGCAAACCACAACAACAAUCAUUUACCAACAAACCACUGCUGCUGCUGAGCAUAUUUACGUUGAUUUGGCCUACCCACGGUUUCAAUUUUGCAAAUCAACCGAAUAUUGCAAUUCCAGCGCCGCAACACUUGAAAUUCUUCCAACCACAAACACGCAGUUCCUAUUUCGGUUAUACGCUGGUGAUGCGACCGACGAGCAUAAUAGUUGGUGCUCCCCGUGCUCAGUCCACACUGCCCGCCCAGCGAAAUGUCAACGAAACCGGUGCCAUAUAUCGCUGCAGCCUGUCAACCACCUCGACGUGCAAUGUAUAUGUAAUAGAUGACAAGGGAAAUCGCACAAUUGAGCAGCCGGACUCUUACACGUACGAUAAUGAGGCGCGCAAUAAUCAGUGGCUUGGCGGUGCCAUGGAUGGUGGUACCAAGGAUACAGAUAAGCUGUUAAUUUGCGCGCCUCGUUUUUUAGCGCCUACAGCCAAUGACUACCUAAUGAAUGGUAUUUGUUACUGGGUCAAUGAUACUCUUAAUGAAACUCCCGUAAACGUCCAAAAGAUUUCGCCUUUACGUUUGAGAUCGCUUCAGUUGAAAAAUGUAGGCACUACGCGCACCUUCUACUAUAUGUUAGCUGAAGAGGGUCUGAGUGCACACGUGACUGACAAUAACAAAGAGUUCAUCAUUGGUGCACCCGGUAUUAAUAAUUGGAAGGGUUCGACCAUACAUUGUCGUAAGCGAUUCGAGGAGGAUCCCACUUUGAGUAGACGAGAUACCAAUGCUUACCCAAAAAUUCGUAAAACACGUGAUCUUGAAUUCUUUGAAUCAUACCCUUUGGUUAACAAAGAACAGAUGAAUGAUUCGUAUUUCGGUUACGCCGUCGGUUCGGGUUAUUUCGAUAGCAACGACAAAAAUCAGCUGAUGUAUGUGGCAUCUGCGCCGCAAGCGAAUCUGCAGUCGGGAGAGGCCUACUUGUACAGAUACGCUGAGGAUAGUACGCUUCAGUUGAAGCGCUAUUAUGUCUUUCGUGGUGAGCAGUUCGGUGAAUAUUUCGGUUAUUCACUGGUAACAGAGGAUCUCAACGGUGAUGGACUCACGGAUGUGGUGAUUUCUGCGCCCCAACACUCGGUGACGGGUUUCUUCGAUGAGGGCGCCAUCUAUGUGUUUCUGAAUAAAGGAAAUUUCAACUUCGAAAGAAAACUUAUCGUCUCACCAAUGCAAGGCAGGGCACGUUUUGGCACGACACUUAGCCGUCUGGGUGACAUCAAUCAUGACGGCUUUAAUGAUAUCGCCGUGGGCGCACCAUUUGCUGGCAACGGUGCCGUCUUUGUCUACCUCGGCAACUCUAACGGCUUGCGUGAACACCAUAGUCAACGUCUGAAUUCGCCAGAUUCCGUUAUUAGCAAAUACGGCGAACAUAUGUUCGGCCAUGGUCUUUCCAAGGGCGCAGAUAUCGAUCACAAUGGUUUCAAUGAUUUUGCCGUCGGCGCACCAAAUGCCGAAGGUGUUUUCGUCUAUCGCGCCUAUCCGGUGGUGAAGAUACGAGCUACCGUUAAAUCGCAAACACGUGAAAUAAGAACUGAUCAAAAUUCCUUUAAAAUCACUGCCUGCUAUAAAAUCACCACCACUUCGACACAGUUGAAAGAACAAGAUUUGGCUAUACGCCUUGUGGUGGACUCACAAGUCAAGCGUGCCAAGUUUAUACAAACUCGCUCGAAUGAGCUCAGUUUUAACGUUUCAGCCGGUCUGCAGGAGCAGUGUCGUACGUUCGAUUGUGAAGUGCACACCAAUGUGGCUGAUAUAUUCAAACCAAUAGAGCUGGAAAUGCAUUAUGAUCUCAUCAAUGGCGUACCGAAUUCGGAAGUUUUUUGCGAUAAAUGUGCCGCCGUCGAUCCGGCCGAACCGAAGGUGUACAGUGAGAAGAUUAUCUUUAACACGGGCUGCAGCUCCGAUAUUUGCGUAGCGGAUCUGGAAAUUAAGAGUCACAACGUGGAUCAUACAUACAUACUCGGCAGCAGUCGCACACUCUCCAUCACCUAUGACAUAACGAAUCACGGUGAAACCGCUUAUCUACCUCAACUCAGCAUCAACUCCUCGAAUGGCAUGCCAUUUGCUAAGAUACCUGGACAUUGUCGCACAAAAGAUUCCGAUUCUUUGGAAUGUGAUUUAAAUAGUAAAGAUGUAUUGAUGGCGAAAGGCGCUACAACCCAGUUCACAGUUACUUUCGAUGUACAGGGUAUAUCCGGAAAGGCAAUGAUAGUGACGGCGAGAGUGUUCAGUACAGGCAAGGAAGCUAAUGAAGCCAAUAAUGUGGCGGUUGAUGUAAUAACGCUGGGCGAGUUUACGGAAAUCGAUAUUGUUGGUAUACCGAAAACGAAGCAUAUCAAUUUGGAGGAGGUGAGCAACAAAUCGGAAAUCAUUAAUAACUAUGAGAUAAAAAGUCUCGGUCCCAGUAAUAUCGGACAAAUGGACGUGAUAUUCUAUAUACCUGUAGCGUAUAAGGUACCCGGUACUACCAACACCAUACAGAUAAUCGAAAAGGAUCGCAUAAAUAUGCAGGCUGUCUACGACACACAGCGGACUGAUAUACAUUUCUAUGAGAACGAUAAACAGCUGAUAAUGAAUGCGCUCGAGGUUGCGACGAGUGCGCACAGCGAGAAAAGCACAAGCAAAAGUUUCCAGACAUACAAACAAAAACAAUUCAGUACAAGUUCAAGUUCAAGUUUUGAAUCGACGGGCUUUUAUGACUUGGCAGUUGAAAACGAUAAUUUCCAACACGAUAACAACAACAUGAUCUCAAAUAUGUCGAUACGUCGCCGUCGGCGCGAAGCUGCCACUGCCAAUGUCGUCACCAAAGCUCAGUAUGAACGCAUCGUCAAGGCGCACGAGUUGUUGGGUGAAGAUCUGAAAGGCAAAUUGCCGGUAAAUCGUACGAUUGUGUUCAAUUGCAAUGAUCCCGAGAUGACAAUAUGCUUGCGUGCCGUUAUACGUGUGCAUGAUUUCAAACCGGAGAAGCCCAUCACCGUCAAUAUGAAAUAUACCGUCGACUUGCAAGAGAUCAAUCAAAUUUUGAUUGAGCCUUGGGAAUACUUUGUUAUACAUAUUGGCGUGGAUGUGAAAAAGGAUGGUGAUUUGGCUGGCAAAUCGCUGGGCAUACGUAAAAGCAUAGACUAUAAUAUCGUGUCGAAACAUCAGCUUUACGGUACACCUUUCUGGGUGUACAUAUUAGCCGUGCUAGGUGGCCUGCUGUUGUUGGCGCUCAUCACCUACGGCAUGUAUAAGCUCGGUUUCUUCAAACGUGCAAAGAAGGAGGAAAUGGACGCAUUAGUUCAUCAAGGCUCAACGAGACCGGCCGCUGGGGACAUAGAGCCGGAAGCAGAAAAUCUUAACACCGAAAGGAAUUAAAAUUAGUUAAAAAAUAAUUUAAAACUUGAAAUAUUUGUUCCAAUUUUUUAAGCUGCAAUAUUUAUUGAAACGAAUGGCUUUAUCAGUAGCAAGAAGUGAAUGUGCGUUGGGUGCAAU